AUUAAAUAUAACUUCUAAUCAUUCAAUCCAUUUUAUACGUUAAACUGCCUGCAUAAAGUUGUAAUCUUUCUCUAAAAUUUCUUUAAAUUUUCAAAAAGAUCCAAUCUUUUUUUUCUCUUACACUCGGUCUUAUGUCUCAUACAAAUGAAAAAUCCUCAAGCGUUGACUUUGCCCCAUUUGAUCCAUUACAGCCAUCAAAACCAAUCUCAUACCCAAUCAAAACUCUUGAAGAGCUUCACUCUAGAGCUUACUUUGAAUCUUUUCACUGCCCAUUUAAUAAAGCUUCUGUUUUGCUUCCAUUUUCAGCUGUUGAGUUGCCUCACAGGCCUAGACUGCUUGUUUGCCAUGAUUUGCAGGGUGGCUAUGGUGAUGAUCAAUGGGUUCAAGGAGGGUCCAAUGGUGAUGCUUAUGCUAUUUGGCAUUGGCAUUUGAUUGAUGUUUUUGUUUAUUUCUCUCAUUCUUUGGUUACUUUGCCUCCUCCUUGCUGGAUUAAUACUGCUCAUAAACAUGGUGUUAAGGUGUUGGGGACUUUCAUCACAGAAUGGGAUGAAGGGAGACUUAUUAGCAAUAAAUUGCUUGAAACAGAGGAGUCGGCUCGAAUGUAUGCGGAGCGGUUGUCCGAGCUCGCUGUUGCUUUGGGGUUUGAUGGAUGGCUGAUCAAUAUGGAGAUUAAAUUGGAUGAGGAGCAAAUUCCUAAUUUGACGGAAUUGGUCAGUCAUCUAACCAAGACUAUGCAUUCCUCACUCCCUGGAUCUUUAGUAAUCUGGUAUGAUGCUAUUACGAUCCAUGGAAAACUCGAUUGGCAGGACCAACUAAAUGAAAAAAAUAAACCGUUCUUUGAUGUUUGUGAUGGCAUAUUUGUAAACUAUACAUGGAAGAAAAACUAUCCGGCUAUAUCAGCUGCUGUUGCUGGUAAUAGAAAGUUUGAUGUCUACAUGGGAGUAGAUGUAUUUGGAAGGAAUACUUAUGGCGGUGGACAAUGGAAUACAAAUGUUGCACUUGAUGUGUGCAAGGAGGAUGAUGUUUCUGCUGCAAUAUUUGCACCUGGAUGGGUCUAUGAGACUAAGCAGCCUCCUGAUUUUCAAACUGCUCAAAAUAAGUGGUGGAGCCUUGUAGAGAAAUCAUGGGGAAGAGUAAAAUUAUAUCCCGAUACACUACCAUUCUACUCAAAUUUUGACCAAGGCCACGGUUCUCAUGUUUCUGUUGAAGGAAGGCAAGUCUCAAAUACUCCUUGGAAUAACAUUUCUUCCCAAGGUUUUCAGCCCUUUCUUGAAUUUAAAAGCAACCCAUCUCCGGACACCAUUCAAGUUCAUGUAGAUUUUAAGGAAGCAUCUUAUGGUGGAGGAGCAAAUAUUACAUUUAAAGGAACUCUGAAAGCUCACAAUGAUUUCACGACAAGGCUCUUUCAAGGAAAGUUGCUUCUUGGCGAAUCACCUCUCUACCUGACAUAUUCUGUGAAAUUAGAAGGGGAUUCUCAGCUUGGUCUAGCUCUUUACUUCUCUUCCAAUCUAAAUGAAACAACAUCUGUACUUAUUGCGCCCAUCAGGGCAAACCAAAUUUCAAACAACUUUAAUAAAGUGAUCAUGCCACGUAGAGUUAACGGGCCAGAAGCGGUUUCAGGAUGGGUAAUUCUAGAGAGUAGCAUUGAAAUGAAUGGAUACACAUUGACAGAAAUCCAUGCUCUAUGCUACAAGCCAAAUCCUGAACAUGGAAAACUCAGAUCAGAAUCAUGGACAGACCUGCAUAGAGCGUAUGGUUCAAGUCCAUCAGAAUAUUUAGCACUUCUUGGGGAUAUCAAAAUCAGGAAUUCCGAAGCGAGCUUGGUGUUUCCUCCUUCAAGCUCAUGGCUGGUUGAGGGUCAGUAUAUCAAGUGGAGUUCAGAUUCUCAGGGUUCUAAGACACUGAGUGUUAAAAUAAAUUGGAAGUUGAAAGACGCAAGUAAAAUUCAAUUUUCCAAGUAUAAUAUUUACGUCGAAAAGCUAGCAAAAAAUGGCGGUGGCAAUUCUGAUGGAAGAGUAGAAGGCAUUCAGGAGUACAUUGGAGUAGCAUAUGUUGAUGCGUAUUAUGUUUCUGACAUUUCCGUUCCAUCGAGUACUUGUAGUGUCAAAUUCAUUAUUCAGAUGUGUGGUGUAGAUGGUGCUUGUCAGAAACUUGACGACUCUCCAUUCCUGCAAAUUAAUGUUGAAGAUUCUGAUGAAAAUGAAAUAGCUAUUCCCAUCGACACAUUUUCGUUGAAGACAUAUCGGACCGACAUAAAUCCAGCGAGAUCAAGAUCAAUAAAGCACAAGAAUUGUAAGCACUUGAUUGUUGAGUUGGUGCAAAGAGUUGGGAAAAUGGAGAGGCAGAUGAUCUUAAAACAAAGAGGUUUAAGUUUGUUGUUAGUGAUGUCUUUGGUUCUGCUUGGCAUGAUCUAUUAUGGGUUCUAAAUCACAAUGUUGUACUUAUAAUCAAGAUUGUUGGAGGAAAAAUGUUAUUUAAGGGGAAAAUGUAUUUGUAAUCAAGAUUCAAAAUUGAGGGAUUAUUGCUAUACUAAUAAAACUAUUAAUGUUUACACAAUAAUAUAUCAUUGUUCCGGAGUUUUAA